GCAUCGCCUCGGAGAUGGGUGGGCAGCGGGCGGGGAUUCGCGGGCUGAGUGAUGUUCUCGCAGCGCCUGUGACUGGCUCAGGGCAGCUCCCUGCCGACACCCCCCCCCGCCCCGUCCCGUUAUAAGAGCGCUCCGAGCUCUUCCCGGCUCCGCCAGAACGGCACAGAGCAAAGCGAGCGCCCGGCUUUUUUCAUUCCCGCAGCAGCCGCCGGUGACAGCCCGGUGAGCAACGCGGAGCCCUCGCUCGCCACCCGCCAGUCCCAGCAGCUAGGUCCUUCCUUCCCAAGAGCACCAGCAGGAACUGCGGCAUCGCUAGGCGGCGCGGGGAACCUCGGGGCUGGGGCGCCAGCGGAGCCCACUGCGCCCAGGGCACAUCGCCAGCCAGCGGCUACUCCAAAGCACACUCCGGGUCUCAAACGACCCGCUGAUCGACCAUGCCCGGUCACGGCAGCGCGCCCCCUGCUGGCGAAGCCAUGACGCCGCCGCGGAGGUCGUCGGAAGCAGGCAAGCCCCAGGAGCAGGCGGCGGCGGCAGCGGCCAGGCGGGAGCUGGAAGUGCGGGGCGCCGCGGCCGCCUCCUCGUUGCCCGCGGCGGUGCGCGGUGCCUUGGAGCUGGCCGAAGCCCGGCGGCGGCUGCUGGAGGCGGAAGGCCGGCGGCAGCUGGUCUCGGAGCUGGAGAGCCGCGUCCAGCAGCUGCACCGCGUCUUCAUCGAGGCCGAGCUGCGCAUAGCCAGCCGCGCCGAGAGCCUGGGCCGCCUGGGUGGCGGCGUGGCGCAGGCCGAGCUCUACCUGACGGCGCACGGGCAGCGCCUCAAGAAGCACCUGCGGCGCUACAAGAAGGCCAGGCCGCCGGCCCUGCUGGCCUCCGCCUUGGGCCUGGGCAGCUGCGUGCCCUGGGCGGCGUGCCGCAUGCGCCGCGGCCGCGCGUCGGAGCCGCCGGAGUCGCCCUUCAAGAGGAGUCUCCAGCAAGGGGCGGCGGCGGUUUCUUCUUCUUCUUCGCAGCAGCAGCAGCGCUAGAAGGCGGGACACAGCGCCGGGGAUCUUGGAGGGAGCGGCGCCCCCUGUUGCUGACUGCCCUGUGGGGCCAAGGGGUCAGGGAGGGGCGUGCCCUUCCUUGGGACAUAGCCGAGGCGGCGAGGGCGAGCGCCGUGCGCUCAGAGCCCUGGGCGGGAGGCAGGAGGGGAAGGGUGACCCUGGCUAGUACCCAGCUGGUUUCUCCUCUGGCAAGCGCAUUCUCUGACUCGUCCUCCAGAAGCCAGAGCGGAGACACCAGGAAGCAACCGGAGGGGAGGCAGGCUCAGCACAGCAGCGGCAAAGUGCGUUGGACGAGCGAGCUGUGCCCCACAAGUUAGAUUUCUGAAACAGAAAGGGGGGGGGAGCCAGUUGUCUGGCGGGGGCAGGCGUUUCUCCCCCCCCGCCACCCAGCCGCUAUUGCCCGCAGCAGAAGACUGCCAGUGCUCUCAAGGCUCAGCAGUAGGUCGAUUCCCAGCCAGUGGCAGGGAGGGGAGAAGGGGAUCAGCUGCAGGCCGGCUUCUAGCCCUGCCCUUCUUCUAGGGUGCUGUCCAGACGGGGCUCAAGGUUCAGCUAGGCUAGUGCACUUCCUGGUAUGCUGCCAUCCUGGGUGGGCAUGGCCCCAAGUCAGGAGAGGGCUGGGUCUCUUCAGGGGCGACAGCAGACUGAGGUGAUGGUGAGAACUGACCCUAGCCUGGUUUUGCCUUGGUGUGCAACUCUGCAGCCUCUGCUCAUGGCCAAAAAUGUGGCUGGUUCUUGUUGGAAUUAAACUCGGCCUUCUGAAACUUGGGUCCCUAGACACUGUUGGACUACAGCUCACAUCACCCACAGUGCCCCGGGGCUGGGGAUGAUGGGAGUUGUCGUCCAACGAUGUCUGGGGGACCGAAGUUGGAGAACCCAUUGGAGGCAUCUGUCGCUGAGGAUUUGGAGAGAAAGAAAUGGGGGAGCGUCACUAGGCAGCCCUUCUGGGAACAGGAGGGGAGUGGGGGUUGUGCCCAUCUGCUUUUAGACAGCGAGGAAAGAGCCCGUCUGUUCUGCAGGGACUCACCUCCUGCUCUUCUCUGGUUCGAGAGUUUGCACGCCCUGGCUUGCAACCAGAAGUUCUGGUUUCUUCAGAACCUGGCCACAUUUCAACCUGGCUUGCAUAACUCCUAUAGCGGUCACUUUUCUGUGAUCUGGUGUUGUCCCCCUAAACUCUGGUUGCUCCCCUGGAUCUGUGAAGAGCAAAGCUUUGAUUCAUAAAGAGAAGAGCAAGUCAUGUUUUACAGGGGUGGUGGCGGGGACCAGUACUCCCUCGAAUUUUCCCCUCAUCUGAUUUCAUUCUCAUCCCGAGAAUGAGUUUUGUUCUAGGCAGCAGCAUCAAGGCAGUGUGUGCGCCCACAUGUUCAGAGUGGGAGCUUCCUGGUUCUAUUUGAGCAGGAUAUAAAAUUAGCUGAGCUGACAUUUUUUAAAAAACCUGUGUGCGCAAGCAUGUGCGCUCACCUUAGAGGGAGCAGUGGUGGGGACUGGCCAAGAGGGUUAAGCCAGACAUCACAUUCUCGGCUGUAGGCCCUUUUGAUGCAGGAGGCUAGGUUUACCCAUAUGUUGGUACCUGCCAGAAAGAGUUUCCCUUCCCUGGGGAACCUCCCUGCUAGCUCUCCUUCUGUAGGUGCUGCUUCUACCCUAUCAGCCUCCUAGUCGUGCUUGGCUUCUGAUCUUUCCGGUCACGGGGAAUGGGAUCUGAGGAAACUGCCUUAAUUUUGCCCGUCUGCCUAUGGACACUUGGGUUAUGGAACCAGAGCAAUCCCUGUGAAGCUGCACGAAGCCAGAGGUACCCUGAAUUGCCCCUCCUACUCUUUUGGACAGCUGCCUUGAAGUGGAACUGAGAAACUGCUUUUCCUCCACUGAUUGUAUUAACUCUUUCAUUGCCUCUUGUAUAGUGUUUGGUCUGAACUGGACUGAUUUGGGGUUUCUCUCUGCCCUGAAGACACAGUGACAGUAUUGUUUUCUCAUGUUGAGAAUCUGUCCAGCUUAUGGGGGCAAUUAAUCUGAAUGUAAUGGCACAUGAGGACUACCUACUGCACCACCCCACCAGUUAGCUAAUGGAGACUGGAUUUUUUUAGUAGCACUUUUAAUGUAAUGGCAACUGUUGUUUUUUUACCAUUUGAUUGUCACAGGGUAAGGACAGGAGCACCAUCAGUGGGACGUUCUCCUGCUCAAGCCUCACUUAAAUGAAUGGGAGCCACCACUGUGCUCCUGCAACCAUCCCAUUCACUUCAAUGGGUGUUGGACAGAAAUCUUACCAUUGGAUACCGUGCCCUUGAUGCACCCAACAGGUUUGGGUGUCUUAGGGUAAAAACACCCAAGCCUUGUACAUAUGCUUUCACCAAGGGAUUUAAUUGAAUUUUUAAUUCAAAGCAGGGAUUCUUACCACCCUGAACAUGCUGAAAUAAUGCUGGUCUAGGUUUCAGUUAGGCAGCAAGGCUGUGCAUUUAGAAUUCCACACUGACAUUUCCAUUAUGUAACAGGAAUAUAUAGUCCAAGCAAUACAGCAUAACCUUUUGAUUGCAAAAAUUAAAUAGAAAGUUUCUGUGGA